AUGCAAAAGAGAUUAUGUACCGUCUGCGAUGGACGACAUCCUACUGGUCUUCACGAUUACAACUUCGUCCUCACCUCGAAACCGAGCAUCUCAAAGACAAGUAGCGCCGAAAGCAAUGUCGUCUCAAACUCAAGAAUAGACACCUCUGAAGCCAACAAAUCUCAACUUAACCAAGCUCAAUCGUUACCUAUAGUUCCUGUCAAGCUGCAAUGGAUGGRAAAUCAGAUCUUCACUUAUGCCAUGUUGGAUAGUUGUAGUACCGGCACCUUUGUUACCGAAGAUGUCUACGAGAGAUUGAAGAUAAAGGGUACAGACACGAUGAUUCGACUAAAGACUAUGAACGGAAUAUCAACCCAAAGUACAAAGGUUGUGACUGGCCUCAAAGUCUCUGAUCUCAAGGGAGAAAACAGUAUAGAGCUGCCACGAACCUUCCUAGGAGAGGAAAUACCCGCUACUGAAAAUGAAGUACCACAACGAGAGAUAGCAACAAAGUGGAAACAUCUAGACCAAAUAGCUAAACAAGUUCCCCGACAACUACARGAUUURARGAUCGGUCUUCUCAUCGGCGCAAACUGCGCAAAGGCGAUCGAACCCAAGGACUUCAUUKCAAGCCAAGGAGGUGGUCCAUAUGCUGUUCUAACGUUUGCUGGUUGGGUGAUCGUAGGACCCUCGCACAGUCACAAYRGCCCGAAUGGACUCAUCUCAAAUCUUACCUGCGCAAAGGAUAACCACAACGACACAUCAAUGGAUCACAUUGYCUUAAUCAGCACCGUYAAGGAGAUCAUAACCCCUAAAGGUUUAAACAGCAYGCUGRAGCUAGAGUUUAGCGAGAGGUUGAAUAAUGGCGAGGCUCRAGGAUACUCCCAAGACGACAWAGAAUUCCUWAAGAUAAUUGKAGAAGGUAURAAGUUCGAGGAAGGUCAUUACGUAAUGCCACUACCAUUCAAAGACAAGGAUAAGUUAAUGCCAAAYAACAUGGAGCAAGCAAUCUCAAGAAMCUYCUGGACAAGAAMGAAACUUCUCAAGGACAAGAAGAUACAUAACGACUACACAAAAUUCAUGAACGAUCUACUAGACAAAGAUUACGCCCGCGCAAUAUCUCCAUUACAUCCUCAAGCCGAACCGGGAAAGAUCUGGUACUUACCUCACCAUGGGGUGUACCAYCCAUGCAAGCCGGACAAGAUCCGCGUUGUAUUUGAUUGUAGCGCAAGAUAUGGUGGUGUUUCUCUAAACAGUCAAUUGCUGCAAGGCCCAAACUUGACAAGUUCCUUGGUUGGAGUUCUAACAAGAUUUCGGAGGGAACCAAUUGCUUUCCAGGCAGAUAUUGAAGCUAUGUUUCACCAGGUUCGUGUCACAGAAAAUCACCGCAACUUCCUGCGUUUUCUAUGGUGGCCGAAUGGAGACCUUUCACAAAGCUUACACGAGUACCAGAUGAACGUACACCUAUUUGGCUCAAUCUCCUCUCCAAGUUGUGCAAAUUAUGCAAUCCGAAGAACGGCCGAUGACACAGAAGCAGAGUUUGGGAAGGAAACUUCAGAUGUUCUGCGAAGAAACUUCUAUGUAGACGACUGUUUGAGAUCAGAAGAGACGGUUGACGAAGCAAUCGAACGUUUACACAGUACCAUUAAGGCAUGCAAGRAAGGUGGCUUCUCACUCACGAAAGUAACAAGCAACAGCAGGAAAGUACUAGAAACCGUGCCUGAGAAAGAUCGACCUCACCUUUGA